AUGGGUGUCGUGGUGGAGAAUGCUAAUUUUUCAAUUCGCUUUUCAUUGACAUGUCUGAAAAUAUUCGGUCUGUGGGCACCGGACGGACUGAAGGGGUGGAAAAUAUCUUUGUAUAACUGUUACACUGUCUGUGUGUUUAUGUUCCUUUUGGGUAUAUAUAUAAUAACCCAGCUGGUAGACCUGUACAUGAUUUGGGGCAACCUGCCCCUGAUGACGGCCACCGCCUUCCUCAUGUGCACUAACCUGGUGCACUCCGUGAAGAUCCUCAACCUGCUGGUGAGAAGGAAGAGGAUCCAGGCUAUCGUGGAAGGGAAUGAUGAUAUGCUGAAAGGUGCUGAGACGGAUGAAGAAUGGGAGAUCGUACAGAGCUGUAACAGAGGAACAAACAUGCACCUGUUCAUAUUCUUCACUAUAUCGAUGUUGACCCUGGUCGGGUUCACAGCGGCCGCAUCUAUGGAAGCCCAGGAUAACCAGCUGCCUUAUCGGGCAUGGUAUCCAUACGACACCUCAAAGUCCCCCGCCUACGAGCUGACCUACAGUCACCAGGUGGUGGCGAUCUUCGCGGCAGCCUGCCUCAACGUGAGCAAGGACGUGCUGGUGGUGACGCUCAUCGCGCAGUGCCGGUGCCGGCUGCGGCUGGUGUCGACGAGGUUGAGCAGCUUGUGUGCUGACCUGUGUGUAGAAAAUGGGUGUCUCACACCAAAGCAAGAGAUGCUGGUAUCCGGGCGGCUCAGCGACUGUGUUGAGCAGCAUCAGGCCACUCUGCAGACGGUGGAGCAGCUGCAGGGCUGCUUCUCGGAGCCCACCUUCGCACAGUUCACUGUGUCGCUCGUCAUCAUUUGUGUUACUGCGUUCCAGUUAACUUUCCUAACAAGUGACUUGGUAAGAUUUAUGUCCAUGACGUGCUACCUCUGCACCAUGGCGGAGCAGGUCUUCAUUUACUGCUAUGAAGGGAAUGAGCUUACUUUUGAGAGCGAGCAGGUGUGCGGUGCGGUGUACCAGUUUCCGUGGUACAGCUGCAGCGCGGCGCUGCGCCGGUCCGCGCUGGUGGUCAUGACGCGCUGUCGCCGCGUCGCCAGCCUCACCGCCGGCGGCUUCACUACACUGUCACUCGCGUCAUUUGUGAGUGUGAGUAAUAUUAUGAAAGCAUCGUACACAUUCUUCACGGUUCUACGCCAACUCAUGACGGCCUCAGCAUUCGUGCUGUUCACCAACCUGACUCACAGCACCAAGAUACUCAACGUGAUCGUCAGGUCCAGGCGGAUCAAGGAUAUCGUAGUUAACAAUGAUAAAGUUAUACGCAUGCAGGAUACCGAGGAGAAGAAGCUGAUUGUUAAACGUUGCGAGCGAGGUGUAACCUUUUACUUCGUAACGUAUGCACUGGUCACUCUGUUUACAAUCUUGUUGUGGUCAUUUGCUGCAGCUUUGGAAACUCAAGAUAAACAACUUCCAAUGAGAGCUUGGUACCCGUUCAACACAUCAACAUCCCCUCUGUACGAGUUUGCGUACAUCCACCAGUCGCUGUCCCUGUACCUGGCGGCCAGCAUGAACGCCAGCAAGGACAUCCUGGUGACCACGCUGAUUGCUCAGUGCCGGUGCCGCCUGCGCCUCUUGCGGAGGGCUUUUGAAACUUUGUGUGGGGAUAUGCAGAUUGUUCAUAUUCGCCUGUCUAAAAAACAAGAAGCAGUAGUAUCAUCUCGCAUGCGAGCCUGCGUGGUGGAACACCAGGCCAUCCUGCAGACGGUGGAGCAGCUGCAGGGCUGCUUCUCGGAGCCAACCUUCGCGCAAUUCACUGUGUCACUCGUCAUCAUUUGUGUUACUGCUUUUCAAUUGGCUUUUGUACGUAAUUCCUUUCAAACCGGAAAAUUCGUUCGUAUGUUAUCCAUGACCUUCUAUCUGAUGAACAUGGUUGGGCAAGUGUUUAUUUACUGCUACGAAGGGAAUGAACUUACUGUUGAGAGCGAGCAGGUGUGCGGCGCGGUGUACCAGUUUCCCUGGUACAGCUGCAGCGCGGCGCUGCGCCGCUCCGCGCUGGUGGUCAUGACGCGCUGUCGCAAGGUCGCCAGGCUCACCGCCGGCGGCUUCACUACGCUGUCGCUUGCGUCUUUUGUGAGUAUAUGCAAAGCUUCAUAUUCGUUCUUUACAGUCCUCAAACAAGUAGACGAAGAUAAAUAA